CAAGUGUGAAGCCGCAGCAACGCCCUCCACUCGACAAUGCGGUUCUCACUACAACCGCUCCUCCUCCUAGGACUAUCGUCGCUAGGAGUGGCCGUAUUCCAGGACGAAGUCGGCAACAUCGAUUUCCACCACGCGCUCGUCGGCGUCCCCCAAGUCGAAACCUCUUUCUUCCAUCGACCGCGAAAGGCCGACAAGGCCAGCCUCCUCUACACCCUCAGCGAUGUCGGCGUAAUUGGCGCUGUGAAUCCUAGCAAUGGAGCCGUUGUGUGGCGCCAGCAGGUCGCUGAUGACCUCACUAAUGGCGGUGGCUUCUUGCGCGCCGCCGAUGGCGAGCACUGGGUUGCUUCUGCAUACGGGUCGCGCGUGCAGGCGUGGGAUGCGCUGACGGGCCGGAACCUCUGGCAGGCCGAGUUCCAGGGCGAGGUGAAGGAUUUGGAGAUCCUGGAGUUGACCGAGAAAACGAGCAAGGACGUCCUGGUCCUGUUCGACGAAGACGGAACAACGGUUCUGCGACGCAUACAUGGUACACUGGGUCACGUCGUGUGGGAGUUCCGGGAGACCGCAAAGAACACUCCUCUGCAGGUGUCAACCGACAUCGCCAAGGUCUACGUGAUUAGCCUUCAUGGCUCGCCCGCUUCAUACAGCAUCAAGGUUACGGCUCUCGACAUUGCGGCGGGAACCCGCCUCGAUGAUCUGUCCAUUGGCACCAAGGGCGAUGUCCAUGGUCCCAAGGACGUCAUGUUUGUUGGCGGCAACUCUGCGGCACCCAUCCUGGCGUGGACCGACAGCACCCUCACCAAGCUCAAGGUCAACGUUCUGGGCACCAAGGCGACGCAGGAGAUCAAGCUCCCCGCCGAGGCUGUCUCCGUUACUAUCCAUGCGCCCCACCUCACUCAGUCGCAGCCUCACUUCCUCGUCCAUACCAGGACGAAGAAUGGCAACAAAGCCGAGGUUUAUCAUACCAACCUGAAGAACAACCAGAUCUCCCAGGCCUACGAACUACCUCACCUUUCAGGCCUCGGCGCUAUCUCGACCAGCUCCGAUGGUGCCAACGUCUACUUUACCCGAAUUACCGCGGACGAGGUUAUCAUCGUUUCUUCCGAGUCACAUGCCGUUCUUGCUCGCUGGCCCUUUAAGCCGGUUGGUGAUGUUGAGCCGAUCCAUGCUGUCGCGGAAGCCAUCAAGAAGCCCACCGGCGAGGGCUUUGCCGUCAGGGCCGCUGUUGUGACCAAGGCCGAUGACUGGAUUCUCGUCCGUAACGGCGAGGUGGAUUGGAUCCGCCCCGAAGGAUUGACUGCCGCGGUUGCGGCCGUCUGGGCAGAUAUUCCCGUGAGCGAAACCCUCGCCAAGGUCCUGGAACAGGAGGCGCACACCAGCCCCCUGGCCGCCUACAUUCACCGUGUCAACCGCCACAUCAAUGAUCUCCAGUACCUGCCCGAUUACCUGGCAUCGAUCCCUGAGAGCUUUAUGAGCAGUCUCUUUGGCGGCGCAACCCCGAGCAAGAAGGAGGGUUUGCAACGUGAUACCUUUGGCUUCAACAAGCUUAUUGUGCUCGUGACCCGACGUGGCCGCAUGUACGGCCUGAGCACUGCCAACAACGGCGAGGUGGUUUGGUCUAAGACCGUCCUCCCCCAGGCCGCUGGCGAGACCCUCGAUGUGAAGGGAAUCUAUGCCAAGGACGAGGGUGUCGUCACUCUUCGCGGCGCCAAGGGCGAGUACGUUGCCAUCAAGAGCGAGAGCGGAGAGAUUGUCGAAGUUAUGCCCCCUGGCUCGUUGUCCCCGGUCUCAAGCACCGCUUUGGUCGAUAGCCCCUCUGGCAAGUGGCUUCUUCCCCUGGGAGCCAACGGCCAAGCCGGCGAUAUACCCGCGGGCUGGACUCCUGAGCAGACCGUUGUCGUUCGUGGCGAGGGGGAGAUUAUCCGAGGACUCAAGUUCACCAACGAGGGCGACAAGGCCGUCGAGCAGGAGAUCUGGCAGCUGCAACUCUUCCCCGGCCAGAAGAUUGUCGAGAUUGCGAAGGCCGCGUCCCAUGACCCCAUCGCCUCGAUCGGUCGUGUUCUGGGGGAUCGCCGUGUCAACUACAAGUACCUGAACGCCAACACCAUUGUGGUGGCUGCGGUCAACGAGGCCGACUCUACCCUGAUGGUCCAGCUGGUCGACACCGUCUCUGGCCAGGUUUUGGUGUCCCAGUCUUAUGCUGGCGUCGACCCCACCAAGGCAAUUUCUUGUGCCGUGGCGGAGAACUGGUAUGCCUGCUCCUUCUUCGGGCAACAUGACUUGAACGACGGCUCCAAGAGGACGAUCAAGGGCUACCAAGUUGUUGUGUCUGAGCUCUAUGAGUCGGAGACGCCAGAUGACCGUGGUCCUCUUGGGGAUGCAGCGAACUUCUCUUCGUUAAACCCCGUGGACACCCCCACCGGCCCCCCCCUCCCCUGGGUUGUUCAGCAGGCCUAUGUCAUUUCCCAACCCCUCAACACCUUGGCCGUGACACAAACGCGCCAGGGCAUCGCCAAUCGCCAGCUCUUGGCUUACUUGCCCGAGUCCUACUCUAUUGUCGGUGUGCCGCGGCAGAUUCUGGAACCGCGACGACCCGUCGGCCGAGACUCGACACCCGCCGAGAAGGAGGCUGAGGGUCUCAUCAAGUAUACGCCCGCCAUCGAGGUCGACCCCCGUACGGUUGUGUCUCACCAGCGAAGCAUUGUAGGAGUCAAGGGCAUUGUGGCGGCACCGGCCAUCGUAGAGAGCACCAGCUUGGUGUUGGCCUACGGAGUCGAUGUGUUUGCCACGAGGGUCGCGCCCAGCGGCGUGUUUGACAUUCUUGGACAGGGCUUCAACAAGUUGACGCUCGUGUUGACGGUGGUGGCGUUGUUUUGGGGCGUGAUGUUCUUGUCGCCUAUGGUACGUUUUUGACCCCUCCUUGCCAUCUUCGUUCGAUUCUCGGCUCUAUGUGCGCCACGCAGCUAUACUAACACUAUGUUCUAAUUUAGGUGCGGAGAAAGCAAAUCAACA